GUGCAAUAUUGGUCUCACAGUGAGUAAGCAGCAUGAGCAGCUACAUUGACGAUAAGCUCUGGAUCAUUGGUCUCGCAAACCAAAACCUUGCAUGGGGCUUUGCCUUUUUCAUGGCGGCCACACUCUGGCUGGCCAUCACUUUCUUUUACUGGUGCCACCCGGGGGGUCCUGCCUGGGGGAAGUACUACUCCUACACCACCUACCCACCCAUUCCCGGGCCUAAAGGGUGGCCUCUGAUUGGGAGCAUGGGUCUGAUGGGGUCUCAGGCCCAUCACCACAUUGCUGCAGCCGCCACAGCAUGCAGAGGGAAGCGCCUGAUGGCCCUGAGCCUGGGGGAAACACGUGUCAUCGUCACGUGCCAUCCCGACGUGGCCAAGGAGAUUCUCAACAGCUCGGCCUUCGGCGAUCGCCCCGUCAAAGAGUCGGCCUACAGCCUCAUGUUCAACCGCGCAAUCGGUUUCGCCUCUUACGGAGUUUACUGGCGAACCCUCCGGAGAAUCUCCGCCAACCACCUCUUCUGCCCCAGGCAAAUCAAAGCCUCCCAACUCCAACGCUCUCAAAUCGCCACCCAAAUGCUUCACACCCUCACAAGCAGCCGCAGCCGCAGCCGCAGCCGCAGCCAUCACCACCCCUUACGUGUCCGCCAACUCCUCAAAAAGGCCUCCCUAUCUAACAUGAUGUGCUCCGUCUUUGGACAACACUAUAACGAUAGCCUCAACCAGGAAGAAGAGCUUGCAAGCUUAGUGGACCAGGGCUAUCACUUGUUGGGCCUCUUCAAUUGGGCCGACCACCUUCCUUUCCUUGCACAUUUCGACCCUCAAAAUAUCCGCUUCAGCUGCUCCAACUUGGUCCCCAAGGUGAACCGCUUCGUCACCACAAUCAUCGCUCAACACCGAGCCACCAAAACCCAAACCAACCGUGAUUUCGUUGACGUCUUGCUCUCUCUCCCUCAACCCGAUCAAUUAUCCCACUCCGAUAUGAUCGCUGUGCUUUGGGAAAUGAUAUUUAGGGGAACCGACACGGUGGCGGUUUUGAUCGAGUGGAUACUGGCGAGGAUGGUGCUUCAUCCGGAGGUGCAGUCCAAAGUUCAUGAGGAGCUGGAUGCAGUUGUGGGGAGGUCACGCGCCGUGGCGGAGGAUGACGUGGCAGCGAUGACGUACCUGCAAGCGGUGGUGAAGGAAGUUCUGAGGCUGCACCCGCCGGGCCCACUUCUGUCUUGGGCCCGCUUGUCCAUCUGUGAUACGACGAUUGAUGGGUAUCACGUGCCCGCGGGGACCACUGCUAUGGUGAACAUGUGGGCUAUUUGCAGGGACCCACAUGUGUGGGUGGAUCCACUGGAAUUUAUGCCCCACAGGUUCCUCACUGCGGCUGAGUUCUCCAUUCUGGGCUCGGAUCUAAGGUUGGCCCCCUUCGGGUCGGGUAGGCGGGUGUGCCCCGGGAAGACGCUGGGGCUGGCUACGGUCUACUUUUGGGUGGCCUCGCUCUUGCACCACUUUCAAUGGCUACCGUCUGAUGACAAGGGAGUUGAUCUCACGGAGGUGCUCAGGCUCUCUUCUGAAAUGGCUAACCCUCUCACCGUCAAGCUGCGCCCCAGGCCAUGAUAAGGGAAUUUAGUACACAGUACACACAACACAUAUAGAAAUAAACACAUACAACUCAAGCUUAUGCAUAGGUUCGUUCCUACUUGCUAAUGGUCGCAGAUAUGCAUGCACCCACCAACACCAACAUCACUGCAACCCCUUACCCCUUUUCACCCUUUCUUUUUAAUCAUCAUGUAUUACUCUCCACUUGUCUUGUUAAUAAUAAUAAAUCAAAUCCAUUGCAUUUGCUA